AUGCAAGCUUUCUACUUUAUUAUCAUGGUUUGGAAGUCUUCAUUUCAAUGGUUCAACAUCACUUUUAUCUUUGGAUACGGAUUGGAGCUCGUUGGAUGUAUAGGAAGGGUUCUCAGUUUCAAAGACAACACAGAUAUGAACUACUAUUUGCUUCAAUUUGUUGCAUUGACGAUCGCACCAGCAUUCAUCAUGGCAGGAAUUUAUUUCAUAUUUGCCCAAUGUGUGGUUAUAUAUGGUCGCAAGUUUUCGGUAUGGAAACCAAUGUGGUACACCUACUUCUUUAUUGGAUGUGAUGUUGUUUCUUUGUUGAUUCAAGCUGUCGGAGGUACAAUUGCAUCCACUGAAGCCAACACCAAUCUGAAUUCCAACUUUGGUAAAAAUACCAUGGUUGUUGGAAUAAUGUUUCAAGUAGUUUCAAUGACCAUAUUCCUUGGGAUUCUUGGUUCUGGUUUAUGA